AUGGUUCUGGUUUUCCUACUGUUGGCAGCUUAUGUGAAUUCCGCCAACAAACACCCAAUAUAUUUGCAUUCGGUGUUCAUAUACAAGUGUAACUGUACCAACAGUGCAGACCACUUCAACUGGUCGGACAUCCGCAGCUACUACCGUUACUACGGUUGGAGAGCAUCCAAGUACCACGGGAGUGACAGUAGGGAUCUCAACAUAUACUACCACCGUCACACGUCAGAACAUGUUUUCCUCGGNACUGGUCCAACGGGACAAACUGGUGUAACUGGUGCUUCUGGUGCUACAGGAGCAACAGGUCCAGUAGGUGCAACAGGCAACACAGGUGCCACAGGUGCUACAGGAGCAACAGGACCGGUUGGGGCAACUGGUAACACAGGUGUUACAGGUGCAACAGGGGACACUGGAUCGACAGGGGCAACAGGUCCUGUUGGUUCAACUGGUGAAACGGGUGCAGCAGGUACAAAUGGAACUACAGGAGCAACUGGACCUACUGGUGCUACAGGUGCUACUGGAUUUACGGGUGGGACUGGACCAACAGGUGCAACUGGGGCUACAGGACCAACAGGGGGAACUGGAGCCGUGGGACCAACAGGAGCAACAGGUCCAACGGGAAGCACAGGCGCCACUGGAUUAUCAGGAGCAACGGGAACAACUGGUGCAACGGGUCCUGUUGGGUCUACAGGUUCUGUUGGCCCAACUGGCACCACAGGUCAAACUGGUGCAAAUGGAACUACCGGCGCCACAGGCCCAACAGGAGCAACUGGUGCAACAGGAGCUACAGGAGGAACGGGGGCAACUGGAGCUACAGGUGCAACUGGCCCUGAAACACUGGAAAUGAUGGUGCCACUGGUGCUACUGGGGCAACGGGAUCAACUGGUUCUACUGGGUCCACUGGAACAACUGGCGCAACUGGUGGAACAGGCGCUACUGGGCCUACAGGAUCUACUGGAACUACAGGAUCAACUGGUCCUACAGGUGCCACCGGACCUACAGGUGCAACUGGAUCGACCGGAGCAACUGGGUCUACUGGUCCAACAGGCAAUACUGGUCCAACAGGAGCUACUGGUGCGACAGGAACUACAGGCCCUACUGGCAGCACAGGACCAACAGGUGCUACUGGAGCAACAGGCACUACAGGUCCCACGGGUGCAACUGGUUCAACAGGGUCAACGGGAGCUACGGGUGCCACUGGUGCUACUGGAUUGGCUGGAGCAAAUGGAACAACAGGAGCCACUGGGCCAACAGGUAGUACGGGCAGCACUGGAAAUACUGGACCUACCGGUUCUACUGGACCAACAGGGGCUACAGGACCUCAAGGCCAGACUGGAUCAACAGGUGAAACGGGUGCAACAGGAGCUACGGGGAAAACUGGAGCAGAAGGACCUACAGGAGCAACUGGGCCAACUGGUGCUACGGGUGCCACUGGAGCAACUGGAUCUACAGGAGCUGGUGGCGCAACAGGUGCUAAUGGGACAACUGGUGCAACAGGACCCACUGGAGCGACGGGGUCAACUGGCAGCACAGGAAGCACUGGCGCUACUGGCAGUACAGGUUCAACUGGCACGACAGGAGCAACUGGACCAACUGGUGCAACUGGACCUGUUGGUCCCACUGGUGCAACAGGCAACACAGGUGCCACAGGUGCUACAGGAUCAACAGGACCGGUUGGGGCAACUGGUAACACAGGUGCUACAGGUGCAACAGGGGACACUGGAUCGACAGGGGCAACAGGUCCUGUUGGUUCAACUGGUGAAACGGGUGCAGCAGGUACAAAUGGAACCACAGGAGCAACUGGACCUACUGGUGCUACAGGAGCUACUGGAUUUACGGGUGGGACUGGACCAACAGGUGCAACUGGGGCUACAGGACCAACAGGGGGAACUGGAGCCGUGGGACCAACAGGAGCAACAGGUCCAACGGGAAGCACAGGCGCCACUGGAUUAUCAGGAGCAACGGGAACAACUGGUGCAACGGGUCCUGUUGGGUCUACAGGUUCUGUUGGCCCAACUGGCGCCACAGGUCAAACUGGUGCAAAUGGAACUACCGGCGCCACAGGCCCAACAGGAGCAACUGGUGCAACAGGGGCUACAGGAGGAACGGGGGCAACUGGAGCUACAGGUGCAACUGGCCCUGUAG